UUUGUCAUAAUGGCUACGAUAAUGUGCUUAUCUGACGAGAUGAUAGCCAUCAUUCUUGGCUACAAUGAUAUCAGCAUUAAGGAUAUUAUUAACUUCAGAUGUGUGUGCAAGCAAUUUCGGUGGGCAGCCAAAUACGAUAAAUUUUGGGAAAAAAAGUUUUUUCAAAGGUGGCCUACUGCGAAAAAACUUUAUGACAAGCUGUCUAAAGUAAAUGAGCUGAAGGAGUCUCAAAAAAACGAACAAAAAGAUAAAAAACAAUUAAACUUUAUGGAUAUAGGCAUUAAUUGUAUAAGACAAUUCAAUUUCAUGUCUCAUAUAAUAAAUAGAAAUUAUGAUAAUAUGAGUAACUUCAUCAUGCCAGAUGAACAACUCUUUGAUUCAUUCUUUAAUAUAGUAAAGCGUCUAGCAGACAAACAUAUUGUACAACGACAUUUACGCAAACUAAUGUAUGAGCCUGAAAAUGGCAUAAACAUUUUAUUCCUUAUUGAUGAAAUUAAAUACUUGAUUACUCAAUCUUCACAAAGAGUUGAUUGCGAUAUGGUGGAAAGAUAUUGCAAUAUAAAACUGUUAACUUAUCUCAGGCGAUAUUUGAUAAGGAAGAAAUGGGACAGACUUUGCAAAGAAUCUCGCGAACAACAAACUCACAUACUUUAUGAACGGACGGCUACUACUGCGGCACAAUGGUUACAACCUCAAAAGAACAUAUCUUACUCGUCCAUAAAAACGUCACUCGAUAAUAUUGCAUUAGAGAUACUGAAUCGUCUUAGAGAAAAAAAUCCCGACCAUUCGAUAUUUUCGACGUCCGCUGAAAAAUUUUCCUAUUGGAAAAACAAUAAUAUCGAUGAUAAUCAUUGGAACGAAGCAGAAGGAACGCAGAUUAUGGAUACACUCAAAGAACAUAUAUUUAACAAAUCAAAUUUUCGACUACCAAAAUUGAGACAGCCAGAAGUGAAAUACGAAUGUAUAGAUAAUGUCUUAGAAAAUAAAAUUGGUGAAGAAAUAAUUUUACUUAUUAUAUAUCAUAGUGUGGCCAGGAGACUUGGUCUACGUUGCGAUAUUGGUACACAUCACCAAACAGUACACUUUAGACAUAAACCUAGAAUUUCUCGGCAACCUCUUUCAAUAUUUUGGCAACCAAGAUAUGCUACGAAUAGUUCAGAAACUGUAAGAUGUUUUAGCAUAAAAAGAAAAACUAACAAAUUAUCGGAUCCUUGUCUUCAGAAGAAAUAUUGCCUGGGUUUGGGCAGUGAAAAGCAAUUAUUAUCAGCUGAAUUGAUGCUAAAAAGUGUAAUGGGAUUAACACUACCUACAAAUCUCGAAACUAUAUACGAUACAGAGUUGAUCAGGUGUUUUUAUGAUAAAAGUUUUUAUGAUAAAAUCGAAUUAAGACCACAAGAAGUAAAAUUUGCCGUUGGAAUGAUUGUAAUACAUGGUAAUCAAUCUAUAAAUAGUUCUACCGGCGUGAUAAUCGGAUGGAACCAACUAAAUAUGCACGGAAGAACAUGCCAUUAUUACGAGAUGCUUUUCAGGAAGACGGUCUCUAAAAACUGCUCGCACUUUUCGUACAUUUCGCUGCCAAAGUCCUCCAGUAAUUACAGUGCUACAAAGAAACGUACAUAUUACGCAAUUUUAAACGACAAUAAUGAAAUAUGUUACGUAGAAGAAGGUGCUGUAACCUUAACAAUGCCGAAAUGGAUCAAUAAUGACGAAAUAGGUUAUUAUUUUUCUAAAUUCGAAAACACUCAUUACGUACCAAAUGAAAUGCUGGCAAAAGUUUACCCGCAGGAUGCCGCUAUAACUGCCAAAACAAUAUCUAAAUACUUGUUACGUCCAUACUUGUUCCGAGAAAGAAUGGAAAAGCACAAGAACUAUUCUAUUUCCCCGAAGUCAGACGCCUCGUGGCGUAAGAACGGGGUCAAACGAACUCGCAGAUCUGAAAAUUAGGUAAACGACCGUUCAAGUUGCUAUUAAUCUGUUUGUUUGGACGUUCGCUCGGUGGUCCUUUUUUGAUCAGAGAGUCUAUUAUAAUAGAUAAUCUCUUUUACGCCAUGGGACCAACUGUAAUCUUCGAACUAGAAAUGAAAGGAGAGUUAAUGAAUGUAUAAUUAAUUAAUUAUAUAAAUAUGAUUUUAUUUAUGAGUAAAUAAAUGAAAUUUGGAAUACAUGAUUUUGGUACGAGAAAAAUAAUAUUAAUCG